AUGAGCUCUGCUCUCCGCAAGGAGCUGUUGGACGCGCUCCGUGCGCGUUUCGCGCCGCUCGUUCGCGAUGCCGAUCUGUCGAACUGCAACGCCGCAUUCUGCGGGGGCACUCGGGUCUACCGUACGGUCCAGCUGUACCGGUUCUUCGACCUGUCUAGAGUGGACGUGUCCAGUGAGGGAGGGGUAAAGAGCCAGCUAGACACUGACUUCGUGGAGAGCAUCAAGCUGCUGGAGGUUACACCGCCGGAGGAGCUGCGCCUGUUCGAGAUAUACCCUCUGCUCCGACGUACUAUGAUACUUAUAGAGGGGUUCCUCGGUCAUGUCAGCGCUAGCAAACGGUUCGAGGGCAGCCUCGCGCAUGGCCGUGGGCUUUCAUUACCGGACCCGUCUCUGUAUCUGGUUCUGGACGAGCUGUACGAUCAGGUGUCCGGAAACAGCAUAAAUCGCGAUCGGCUGUUGGCCGGUCUGGGGACGCUGGUAGCAGCAGGUGGCGGCGGUUUGGACAGCGUGCUGCUGAGCGCGAGCACUUUUGCGAACCUUAUGGUACCCGUGAUUGCCAAUUCGUUUGACAAAUAUGGCGACGACUUGCUGGAAAGCAGCCUGGCGACGUUCACCUUUGGUGCCUUGCAGCGCUUGUCUGCGCUGUUUCUCCUCAUGGUGGUGGUGGAUCAGAGCGCCGGCAGUGCCUCCGCUCGGAGCAGAGGCCGUACCGAGCCCCUUUUGACGUUAUCAGGUGACGAUGCGUCGGACGAUAACAUGUUCCGUUUGCAGUUCUUGUGCAACGAGACGUUGCUCAAGCCGUUGGUGAACAAGGUGGCUGACCACCAUCUUGGUGUCUGCUGGAACGAGGACGUAGUGUCACCCGUGCUGAGCAUGCUGCAAUUCACGUUUGUGGAGUGCGGCAAGGUCGUCGCUAGGAGCGAGGCGCUUGCCGACCUAGUCAUCGCCACCACUAAAGGGUUCCUGAUGAAGGUGCCCGAUGACUGCUCCCCUUCUAGAACCACGUUGGAUUUGAUCUUGGGGUUUGGCCAUCAGCUUCUGGGCAUGUUUUAUCAGGGCGUGGAACUCGUGAACGUUGCUUUGUGGUACCACUUCGAAUCGCGGCUGUCGCAUGUAUUGAAGCUGCAGCAGCAGGCUACUCCGAAAAUCACCGGUUCACCAACUCUGACGCCUGAUGACCGGAAUAUCCACAUUGGUAUUGGCAGUAUUAACAGCUCACCACGUCUUCCGUCGUCGGGUGAAAGCUCACCCUACAGGCCACUUGGCCGCAGCCUGAACACGCUGCUGAGUGAGGGCGAACUGAAGAGCACGUUGCUCGCAUUCCUGGCAUCGCUCGACUACUAUGCACGUCACCAAGACAGCCUCUUUGAUGUGCUGUCUGGUAAUUACACCCGAAAGGCCGACGUCGAGUUGCUGGAUUGCCUGUCCCGUCUGUUCGUGCAUUACACGUGUCUCGUUCAGCUCGGCGACGCCGUGGCGUACAUCACUCAGCGGUCGCCCAAUGCUGAGGUUGGAGAACUCGUGAAGCAGGCCAUAUCCAUGCUCUGGGCCACUUUGUGCUCCCUAGGGAGCAGGGUGUCCUUCAAUGCGCUGCGCGCCUGCUUCUACUACCUGGGCAGCAGCCUCCACUCCCGCAACGUUGCAGCCCAAAUAUGCUGCUUCAACGCCAUAUCGCACAACCAGGCUGAUAUGCGCCAGUGGUUUGAUUUGCCUAAAGAAGCCUACGCGUUUCGAGUGGAAAUGUUGAGGGCGGUUUUGCGCAACGCCUCCAGCGCAUGCUGUACGUGUGUAUCGUACGGCCCCAGCAAGACCCGGCGUUUUGGCAGCCAAUAUUUGAGCAUAUCAUCCACUUUUGUGAGUCGGUGGUUCAUCACGGAGAUCUUGAGCUACGAAGUAUCAGAAAAUCGAGGAUUGGUCGACGCUUUCAUCGAGUGGUGCAACAGCUCCCGGCCUGAGGAAUACAUGCUGUGCCGUUUCCUUUGCCGUGUACUAGCGAGGCUAUGUGCGGAAGAUAAUGCAGUUAUUGAUGGCGGCCGCUAUAUUUUGGACGUUUUAUUGGGGAUAUGCAUGCAUCAAGACCAUGCGUCCAGAGGUCUAAAGAGUGUGAUGCAUCCCCUGUCCAAUGGCCGUAUUAACGCCUUUAGGUGUCUCGGCAUGCUGCUCAGCACUGGCGUGUUCACCGAUUGGAUUUUGCGCCACGUGCUCUUGCCCUACACAUGUGCAUUCACGAAACAGGUGGGACAGUACGUGUCAAAGUGCCUAGGUGCGUCGGUCGCUGCGAACCAGCUGUCGUUUGACUGCUACUUUGCUACCCAGGGCUCGGUUUGCAAAUGUUUGGACGCGCCAAUAGUCUCCCAUUCCGCGGGGCUAGUGCAGUAUCUGGAAUUGGUUUCGUCAUUGCCGUUGGACAAACAUGAUCCCAAUGGCAAGGACGAAACUUCACGCGUCGUGUCCCACGUAUUAGGUGUGCUAUGCGGUCUGCUGCGCAACCUGGCGACCUUGUUGAACACGCACAGAGAGAGCGCCGAUAUCGACUCGCGUUUUGCUCUGUUCAUCCUCUGUGUGCGUCUGGCUGGUGUGCUUGUGCGCGCUGGGCAGUUUGGCCGAAAGGACACGGAGGCGAUAGUGCUUCUGAAGCUCUACGCCUUGCUCGGCAAUCCGCGCAUCUGCGUGGUGGAAGAAGUCGAUUUGUACCUCUCCCUUAUUAUGGAGGCACUUUGCGCCUUCCACGCCAUCUUCGAUCACGUCCCCGUGAAGGACCAGCUGCUUCAGCUGCACCGUGGCUUUUUGGUGCUGCUGUUGUCUAAGAUAGACACCCAUCCCAAAUUCUUCUUACGUCACGAACUAUACAUUGGCGUGCCUCGGCCGAUGUUCGACCAAUUUUGUAACGCCUUCGCCGACAUCUUGCGCAAGGCGUCCUCGAUGGGCCACUAUUUGGGCUCGCUUUACAGUUUUCGGAUCUGGAGCGUGCUCAGGCGUUACGGCGUCGACUGCAGCGAUGUGAAGAAGGAGUACGCGGAGCAAGCUCUGAAUGAGCAGGACGUCCCUGCAGAAGCGCGCAUCACCUUCAAUACGGCUUUUAUGGUUUCGUGCAGACUCCCCGCUAUCGCCAGCGCUACAGUGCCGAGCAGUGUUCGCGCCUUGGUUGAGCAGGGGAGUGCUGUUGGGUUGUACAGUAAAUCGUAG